ACCCCGGAUGUGAUUAUUGUGUUUGUGUCGGCAGAGAAGGAGAUGCCUCUGCCCGUACAGGUUUUUAACUUUCAGGACAGCUCAGUGUCAGAGCUGGAGGUUGCCGCAGGGGCAGAGCAAGCUCAGGCUCAGGACAGUGAAAGAGACAGGGACAUGGCCAGAGACAGGGACAAGAGUAGGGCUAGCUUGGCCCAGACCUCAGCCUCAGAGCUGCCCUGUACCUCCCAUAGCAGCAGUAGACCCAAUCUGCUGUCACCGUUCACUGCAGGGGACUACGUCCUUAGCUCCAGCCUCUCAGCAUGCUCCCUGCUCCCAGAGGGGGCUGUUGAGCCGAUGCAGAUCGAUGCUGACCCCCAGGAAGACCAGCAGAAUGCUCCAGACACCAACUAUGUGGUGGAAAACCCCACACUGGACCUGGAGCAGUUUGCGUCCAGCUACAGCGGUCUGAUGCGUAUUGAGAGACUGCAGUUCAUAGCACAACAUUGUCCCCAGCUCCGUGCCGAGGCCCUGAAGAUGGCCCUGUCCUUCGUCCAGAGGACCUUCAACGUAGACGUGUACGAGGAGAUCCACCGCAGACUCACCGACGCCAAGAGACAGGCGCAGGGUGUCCCUGACGCAGUGCCUGAUGGGCCGGUGGAGGCCCCUCUCCUGGACACAGCCUGGGCAGAGAGCACCAGGAAAAAGGCCCUGCUCAAACUGGAGAAGCUGGACACUGACCUCAAGAACUACAAGGGAAACUCCAUCAAAGAGAGCAUCAGGCGGGGUCAUGAUGACCUAGGGGACCACUAUUUAGACUGUGGAGAUCUCAGCAACGCCCUUAAGUGUUACAGCCGAGCCCGAGACUACUGCACUAGUGCCAAGCAUGUCAUCAACAUGUGUCUGAACGUCAUCAAGGUUAGCGUUUACCUCCAGAACUGGUCCCAUGUACUUAGCUAUGUCAGCAAGGCAGAAUCCACUCCAGAGAUAGCUGAGCAACGAGGAGAGAGAGACAGUCAGAACCAAUCUGUCCUCACCAAACUAAAAUGUGCUGCGGGUUUGGCAGAGCUGGCCUCUAGAAAGUACAAACCGGCCGCCAAGUGCUUCCUCCAGGCUUCAUUUGACCACUGCGACUUCCCAGAGCUCCUGUCCCCCAAUAAUGUAGCGGUGUAUGGAGGGAUGUGUGCCCUGGCCACCUUCGACAGACAGGAACUACAGAAGAACAUCAUCUCAAGCAGCUCCUUUAAGUUGUUUUUAGAGUUGGAGCCCCAGGUGCGUGACAUAAUCUUCAAGUUUUACGAAUCACAGUACGCAUCCUGUCUGAAACUACUGGACGAGAUGAAGGAUAACCUUCUAUUGGACCUGUACCUGGCCCCCCACGUUAGAACACUGUACACACAGAUCAGAAACAGAGCCCUUAUACAGUACUUCAGCCCGUACGUGUCUGCAGACAUGACUAAGAUGUCCCAGUCCUUCAACACCACAGUGUUGGAUCUGGAGGAUGAACUGACCCAGCUCAUACUGGAGGGACUGAUCAACGCACGCAUAGACUCUCACAGCAAGAUCCUGUAUGCGAGGGACGUGGACCAGAGGGGCCACACGUUUGAGAAGUCUGUCCACAUGGGCAAGGAGUUCCAGAGACGAGCCAAAGCCAUGAUCCUCAGAGCUGCUGUGCUGCGCAACCAGAUACACAUUAAGUCCCCUCCUCGAGAAGGCAGCCAGGGGGAGCUAACAACAGCCAACAGCCAAACAACCAGGAUGAGCAGCACCAUGUGACAGGGACGUCCCAUCAUGACACCAUCGCUGGCUGUGUCUGGCACUCUGCUCCCUAUAUAGGGCCGCAUUCUCAAAUGACACCAUGUGCCCUACUUUUUACCAGGGCCCCUAAAGUAGGGCACUAUGUAGGGAAUAGGGUGACAUUUGGUACAUAGACAAUGCCUGGUGCCUCUGAAUGAACAGAGGGAGUGUGGGGUGCCUGUCCACAACAGCCCUCAGGUAGUGCCCUUCUUUUGGCCAAGUCAAAGCUACAACUGCUAAGCUGGAGUCUGGCCAAAAGUAGGGCACAUGGUGUCAUUUGAGAAGCAGCCUAUGACAUGGCCCCAACAUUAGCAAAACAAACACCUGCGCCCUCAAACGGCCCCCUGUCCCCUCAGACGGCCCCCUGUCCCCUCAGACGG